AUGUCAACCUUUAUUUCCCGAUCCAGCUCCCUAACCACCACACCAUACUGCCAUUCCGACAUUCAUAGCCAGAGUGCUAAGAAACAGCGGCAGAACGUGCGGACGCUGGCGCUGAUCCUGUGCACCUUCACCUACCUGCUGGUGGGCGCCGCCGUCUUCGACGCGCUCGAGUCCGAGGCCGAGACGGCCGAGCGGACCCGGCUGGAGCGGCGGCAGCGGGAGCUCAAGAGCAAGUACAACCUCUCCGAGGCCAACUACUGCGAGCUGGAAGGGGUGGUGCUCCGGCUCAAGCCCCACAAGGCCGGCGUCCAGUGGAAGUUCGCCGGCUCCUUCUACUUCGCCAUCACCGUCAUCACCACCAUCGGGUACGGACACGCGGCCCCUAGUACCGACGGCGGGAAAGUCUUCUGCAUGUUCUAUGCCCUGCUGGGGAUCCCGCUCACCCUGGUCAUGUUCCAGAGUCUGGGCGAACGGAUCAACACCUUGGUGCGGUACCUCCUCCACCGCAUCAAGAAGUGCCUUGGCAUGAGACGGCCGGAGGUGUCGAUGGCCAACAUGGUCACCAUCGGCUUCUUCUCCUGCAUCAGCACCCUCUGCAUCGGGGCCGCGGCGUUCUCCUACUACGAGAACUGGACCUUCUUCCAGGCCUACUACUAUUGCUUCAUCACCCUCACCACCAUCGGCUUCGGGGACUACGUGGCCCUCCAGAAGGAGCAGGCGCUCCAGACCAAGCCCCAGUACGUGGCCUUCAGUUUCAUCUACAUCCUCACCGGGCUGACCGUCAUCGGGGCCUUCCUCAACCUGGUGGUGCUGCGGUUCAUGACCAUGAACGCCGAGGACGAGAAGCGGGACGCCGAGCACCGAGCGCUGCUCAGCCGCAACGGGCAGGCCAGCAGCGUCCACACCACGGACACCAGUGCUCACUCCGUCGCGUGGGGCGGGCGGGGAGGGCUCCGGAACGUCUACGCCGAGGUUCUCCACUUCCAGUCCAUGUGCUCCUGCCUCUGGUACAAGAGCCGAGAGAAGCUGCAGUACUCGAUCCCCAUGAUCAUCCCCAGAGACCUUUCCACCUCGGACACCUGCAUGGAACAGAGCCAUUCCUCCCCGGGGCACUUCCCGGAGACGGCGUCCAACCGAUGCUUCUGCAACGCCCAGCGCUCGGCCAUCAGCUCGGUCUCCACGGGACUCCACAGCUUGACCGCCUUCCAAGGACUCAUGAAGCGGCGGAGCUCCGUGUAGAAGGGCCUGGGGGGUGGGUGCGCACUUGAAAAAGCAAGCAAGCAAAACCCCAGCAAGCAAACUGUCUUUAAAGACUCCGGGGAAAGAUUUUCAGGGAAGGAGGCCCCAAAUCCCCAGGGGAAUCAGACUAUGAACUGAGGCAGAUUCUCUCUCUUUCUCUCUCUGCGAAGAGAACACAUGGAACGGCAGGCAGCUCAGGGGUGGGAUGAGCCCAAUCUGGCCCCUCAGCAGAUGGGUUAUUGAGUCCUGGGCUGGCCCCACAUCCGGGGAUGGGGAACGGAACCACACGGGGCUUCUACAGCUAGGUAGACCUUCUCCUGUGGCGGAGGCAGAGCGGAAGGGUGAAGGAACGGUGGUUGGUCCUCCCAAAGGGAGCCACUGGCCCUCGUCACCCCAGGAGUCCUUGGGUUGGACCUUCCUUCAGACGGUUCAAACUUCAGACUUCUUGUCUGCAGCCUCUCCACAAAAUGUGAAACUUUGAAACUAGGUUUUUGCACCGUGGCGGGAGUGUGGGACGAAACCGAGGGGGGCUGAGCCUGCGUGUCUUGAUCUAGACCUCUGCGGAGGUGGGGAAGGACGCUGCCGUUCUUUCAGAUCUGGUCCAAUAAAGUGGGGUGGGGUGGCCAGGAGAUGAGGAUCGAGCCCACCCUGUCUACACUCCUUUCACCUGAUUCCACCACCACCCUCGUUUUUAAAGCUGAGGGGGGUCUCCUCUCUUGCCCACAGCUUGGGAGCCCCCCCGUUCUCCCAGUCCCUAACACCUCUCAGGAUUUGUGCAUCUGGAGCACAGGAGGAAAUGGGUUGCAGAAAAGCGCGUACAGUGUGGCCUCCCUUCUGUAUGCACGGGGAGGGCAGGACACAGAAAAGUUCCUUUUGGGGGGGGAUGAAAGCCCCUAGAUCCUCCCACAAGCUGGCAGGAGAGCCAAGCUCCGAGGGAUCCCGAGAGUCUGUUGUCUGAAAAUUUCAAUUUCCCAAGUUUUGCCAGAAGGUCCCUCAGCAAAAGCUGCCUUUUAUGCACUUGUGUGUUCCUUUCACAGGUGGUGCCCCCCAACUCCCAACUCCCCCCCAGAGGGUAAUAAGGUAUGAAGGACCUCCCUCCCAGAUGAUUCCUGUGCAAGGAUGCAACACGGGGGCACACACCCUUCCUUGCAGUUUUGCUGUGUGCGGUUCGGUUACCAAAACUGACCCGGGAGUACAUUAGCACUCCCGUAACAUCGACACAUACCACAGAGUAAACUCUCCAUGUUGGUGUGCUCCAUAUUGUCCUUUUCUCCUCCAUUGCACCUCCUUCUUCUCCUCCUCUGCAGCCUGUCCAAAGGGGACGGCCGCUGUAAUUUUUUUCAAACUACAAUAGGACCCCUGUAUCUUCAGGAGAUCCAUUCCAAGCUCACUCCCCAACAUAGAUGCUGAAAAACACAGAUGAUAGCAGACACUAUCCUAAUCGCAAAGAUAUUCAUAGCAUGGUCUCUGGUUCCUCUUAUGGCCAGUUUUGGAACCUUCAUCAUUAAAACGAUAUUUGGGAGGAUUUUUCUUUUUACUAUUUUUAAUAUUUUCAGCCUGUGGAUAAGGGAAUCGGCAGAGAUUGAUCCCUCGAAUAAGGGCACCCUGCUGUAUUUUCUAAGUGUGUGAAUUUGGGCGUCGGGGGCGGCGGCUCUGUGUUACGAAUGUUCUAAGGAGAUUCCCGUCAAGGGUCAUGAUGACUCAGUACCCGCGGAUAAUGAUGUAACCAGGGUGGGAUGCGAGGUGAGGGCAGGACAUUCACAGGCCACCUCAUCUCACCGACCGUUUUUGAGCCCCGAGAUGUGUGGUUUGUUAUGAAAAAGGAGAACAUCUAUGCAAAAGAAGGGAA